CUGAAUGAUCAGCCAUAACAUUGAUACCACCUGCCUAAUAUUGUGUAGGUUGUCCUCAUGCCUACAAAACGGCGGUGACCCAUCAAAGCCUGGACUCCACAAGACCUGUGAAGACGUUAGUAGCAGAUGCUAUCGCCGCCCACCAUGCUCCACAUGCACAGGAAGUGCUCCCUCUCAGAGAGGUUGAUACGUGCCAUCUCCUCCAUCCGCUCUCUGCCCGGAGACACGGUCGAGUCCCUUAUCCGCAAGGGGGCAGAUGUAAAUGGUCCUCACGAUACCCUGAUGCCCCUACACAGCGCCUGCAUGGUGUGCGACGCAGACUGUGUGGAGCUGCUCUUGGAGAAAGGAGCAAAUGUCAAUGCCCUCGACGGCUACCGACGCGCAGCCUUGCACUACGCGGCGGAAAAAGACGAGACCUGCGUUGAAAUCCUCCUGGAAUACGGCGCCGACCCCAACGCUCCGGAUGGUAAUCAGGACACCCCCUUACACUGGGCGGCUUUCAAAAACAUGGACGGCUGCGUACAAGCGUUACUAGAGGGCGGCGCAAAGGUCAAUGCCAGAGACUACAACCAGGACACGCCUCUGAGCUGGGCGGUUAUGAAAGGCAAUCUAGAGAGCGUGCGGCUGCUCCUGGAAUAUGGGGCCCAGCCCGACACUGCUAACCUCAAGGGUCAGUACCCGGCGGGGCGGCUUGUGGUUCUGAUGGGUAGAGGCCUGGGUGGGGAGAGGGAGGAGGAAUGCCUGGAACUUCUGCACAGAGCUUGUGGCACCCUCAGGUUAAGGAGAGAACGUGGGGUGCCCCCCGAGGCUGCCCGUGAUACCCAGUUGUGUCAGCGUCUCGUCAAACUGUGCUCUGUCCCGGGAACUUUGAAAGCUCUGGCGAGGCGUGAGGUGAGGGGCAGCCUCGGAGAAUGCCAGUUAUCUCAGGUGGUGACAGAGCUGCCUGUUCCCAAAUCCAUACAGGACUAUGUUCUGCUGCUGCACUGAAUACACUGGGCUAUACAAAAAUAUCUAAGACCCCCGGGCGUCCAUGGUGGCUCCCAGGGCGAACUGGUUGUUCACAUGAAGACCUUAUUGACUUCCCAGUGUAUCGGGCGGAGAUGUUAGUGUGAAAUAUGGUUAGUGAACCCUAGCAAACCAGUCUUUGAUCUCCUGGCCCUAGCAACCUGUCUGUCUUCUCCUGGCCCCUA